CGCUCCUUUACUAAUUCUAGGUUUAUCCGCUUUUGCAAUCAUAUACUAAACUUUAUUUAAUUAGAAUGGGUUUACUUUGGAGUAACAAAACCAAUACGUUUGGUUUGAAGGGUCGUCCCCUUCGUUUAGCAAUUACCAUGACCGCCACCAUUGGGUUUUCUCUCUUUGGUUACGAUCAAGGUUUAAUGUCCGGUAUCAUUACCGGUGAUAAAUUUAAUGAAGAAUUUCCUGCCACCAAGGGUUCCGGUCACCAUGUUGAAGUUGUUCAAGGUGCCGUUGUCUCUUGUUACGAAUUGGGUUGUUUCUUUGGUGCUCUUUUCGCUCUUUUCCAAGGUGAAAAGAUUGGUAGAAGACCUCUUCUUCUCUAUGGAUCCUUGAUUAUCAUCGUUGGUACCGUCAUCUCCACCGCCGCCUUUAGAGAACACUGGGGGCUUGGUCAAUUCGUCAUUGGUAGAGUCAUUACCGGGGUUGGUAAUGGUAUGAACACCGCCACCAUCCCAGUGUGGCAAUCGGAAAUGUCCAGAGCUGAAAACAGAGGUAGAUUGGUCACCAUUGAAGGUGCCGUUGUUGCCGUAGGUACCUUUAUUGCCUACUGGUUGGAUUUUGGAUUACAUUAUGUCAAUUCUUCCAUUCAAUGGAGAUUACCAAUUGCUGGUCAAAUCGUUUUCGCUCUUAUUUUGUUUGUUGGUUCUUUGAACUUGCCAGAAUCUCCAAGAUGGUUGGUUGCCCAUGACAGAAAGGAUGAAGCCAUUGUUGUUCUUGGUGCUCUUAAGGAUUUGGACCCUCAUGAUGAUGAAAUCUUUGCUGAAGUCACCGUUAUCGCCGACGCCGUCAACAGAUUCUCCAAGUCUCAAGUUGGUAUGAAGGAUUUGUUCUCUGGUGGUAAGACCCAACAUUUCUCCAGAAUGCUCAUUGGUUCCUCUACUCAAUUCUUCCAACAAUUUACCGGUUGUAACGCUGCCAUCUACUACUCUACCGUUUUGUUUGAAAAUAUGGAGUUGGGAAGAAACUUGUCUUUGAUUAUGGGUGGUGUCUUUGCCACCGUCUACGCUCUUUUCACCAUCCCAUCCUUCUUUUUGAUUGAUAGAAUGGGUAGAAGAAACUUGUUCUUUAUUGGUGCCAUCGGUCAAGGUUGUGCCUUUAUCAUCACCAUGGCUUGUUUGAUCCACUCGGAAAAGUCUCCAGGUGCCGCCUUUGGUAUUUUCUUGUUUAUCUGUUUCUUUGCCUUUACCAUUCUUCCUCUCCCAUGGGUUUACCCACCAGAAAUUAACCCAAUGAGAACCAGAACUGCCGCUGCCUCCAUGUCUACUUGUACCAACUGGUUAUGUAACUUUGCCGUUGUCAUGUUCACCCCACUUUUCGUUGGUUCUGCCGGUUGGGGUUGUUACUUGUUCUUUGCCGCCAUGAACUUCCUUUGGGUCCCAAUCAUUUUCUUCUUUUACCCAGAAACUGCCGGACGUUCUUUGGAAGAAGUUGACAUCAUCUUUGCCAAGGCCCAUGCCGACGGUACCGCUCCUUGGAGAGUUGCCGCCACCAUGCCAUACUUGUCUGGUAAGGAAGUUGAAUCCGAAGGUAACGCUUUGGGUCUUUAUGAUGACGACUUUGAAAAAGAAAAGAUGGAAGUUAAGGAAGACGUUUCUGCCUUUUCUUCUGAUUCCCCAGCUGACGGUCCUUUAGUUAAGCCAGUUGAUGUUUAAUUUAAUAACUAGAGAUUAAUAUAUUACAUUACGAUUAA